UUUUCUGCAUGUCUUUGUAACUACUACCACUUUCAACGCCGUCUCAAAACUUUCACUAGUUUUUGUUUUGGAUAUGAAGGAACCUGAGAAAUUUCAUAUAAGUUGAUCUUAUAAUAUAAUAAAAAUAAUAAAAUAGUGUAAUAAUUCUCCCUGAGCCUACAAUAUAUAUGUCCACACUCCCUUUGUUCUAUCUUCACCACCACACAACACAAAACCUCCAAACCAAUAAACAGAACAAAGUGAGAUCUUUCUCUCUGAAGACAAAGAUGGAAACGGUGUCGGCUAACUUCUCUCUCUCGCAGAUCCUCAACACGGAGGAACCGUAUAGCUCCGUGAUGCUCGGUGUCGCCGCUCUCUUGGCCGUUGUUUGCUACUUCUGGAUACAGGGGAAGUCCAAAUCCAAGAACGGACCACCGUUGCCUCCGGGACCUUGGCCACUUCCCAUCGUCGGAAACCUCCCGUUCCUAAACUCUGAGAUCCUCCACACGCAGUUCCAAGCCCUAACCCUAAAACAUGGCCCUCUUAUGAAGAUCCACCUCGGUUCCAAACUCGCGAUCGUCGUCUCUUCCCCGGAUAUGGCUCGCGAGGUUCUCAAAACCCACGACAUCACUUUCGCCAACCACGAUCUUCCCGAAGUUGGAAAGAUCAACACUUACGGUGGAGAAGAUAUCCUCUGGUCUCCUUACGGCACCCAUUGGAGGAGACUCCGUAAGCUCUGCGUCAUGAAGAUGUUCACUACGCCCACACUCGAAGCUUCUUACUCCACUCGCCGCGAGGAAACCAGACAAACCGUUGUCUACAUGUCCGAAAUGGCUCGUGACGGAUCACCAGUCAACCUCGGAGAACAAAUCUUUCUUUCCAUUUUCAACGUCGUGACAAGAAUGAUGUGGGGCGCGACUGUUGAAGGAGACGAGAGAACAAGCCUAGGAAACGAGCUUAAAACCCUAAUCUCCGAUAUCUCCGACAUCGAAGGGAUACAAAACUACUCAGAUUUCUUUCCUUUGUUCUCAAGAUUCGAUUUCCAGGGAUUGGUUAAGCAGAUGAAAGGCCAUGUGAAGAAGCUUGAUCUCUUGUUCGAUAGAGUAAUGGAGAGUCAUGUCAAGAUGGUGGGAAAGAAGAGCGAAGAAGAAGAAGAUUUCUUACAAUACUUGCUUAGAGUUAAAGAUGAUGAUGAGAAAGCUCCUCUGUCCAUGACUCAUGUCAAGUCUCUCCUCAUGGAUAUGGUUCUUGGUGGUGUUGACACAUCGGUUAACGCAUCCGAAUUCGCCAUGGCGGAGAUCGUAAGCAGACCGGAAGUGUUAAAUAAGAUCCGACAAGAACUUGACCAAGUUGUUGGGGAAGACAACAUCGUUGAAGAAUCACAUUUACCUAAGCUUCCUUAUCUACAAGCGGUUAUGAAAGAGACUCUUAGACUUCACCCUACGCUUCCUCUUCUUGUGCCUCACAGAAACAGCGAAACCUCGGUGGUUGCGGGAUACACUGUGCCUAAAGAUUCCAAGAUUUUCAUCAACGUUUGGGCGAUUCAUAGAGAUCCUAAGCAUUGGGAUGAACCAAACGAGUUUAAACCAGAGAGGUUUCUGGAGAACUCGCUAGAUUUCAAUGGAGGUGAUUUCAAGUACUUGCCUUUUGGAUCAGGAAGGAGGAUUUGUGCGGCGAUUAACAUGGCUGAGAGACUUGUUCUGUUCAACAUUGCUUCACUUCUUCACUCUUUUGAUUGGAAAGCUCCUCAAGGACAGAAGUUUGAGGUUGAAGAGAAGUUUGGUCUUGUUCUUAAGUUGAAGUCUCCACUUGUGGCUAUUCCUGUUCCAAGGUUGUCUGAUCCAAAACUCUACACAGCUUAAGUAAGGAUGAAGGAAAGUUUGGUUUGAGCCUUUGAGGAAGUUGAAUUGAUUUUUCUUGUUUGUAGUUUACUUUUCUUUAUGUUGUGGUUGGAGUUUUGAUGUUUUGUAAAAGGGGAUGUGUGUCUGUCGAGUCACAUUUCUGAUUAUAUUUAAAUAUAAUAAAGUUUUAUUUCCAAUAAUAAUGCCUUAUUUUGGUAUCCAAA